ACCGAUCGCCUCACAGCCAGUCAGCCGCCAAAGCGGACGAGCCGUUAUGCCGAGAUGCGUCCCGCGAUGCUGGGGCUCGCGCGGUGAAAUGCGGACGUAAUUAGCGGGUCUCGGCGAUGGCAAAUAAGUUCGCCGGCAUGGGCUCCGUCUCUCUCGUGCUCCUAUGCGGGCUGCUUUCCGCAGCGCUCGGCAGGGAUUUUCCAGAGGGAGAAAACUUUACCGGGGGACUGGGAUCUCUGCUGAGGAGUCCGGGGACCAAACCUGCGGGCAGACCGAGUUCGGACCCGGUGGGGGUUUACAAACGGAGCGCAGAAAUGAGCGGACAGUCGUGCAAGUCUCUGCUGGAGAUCGAGUCGGCGCUGCAGAACAACACCCAUACUUUCUCCUUCAGUGUGGGAAACAUGGGUCUCCUAUCCCUGGCCUGGGUUGCAGAUGGAGUUGGGGUGCUGUUGGCUCUGACGACAUUUCAGGUGCCGGUGUUCAUGAUGCACUUCGGCCAGUCUGCUCUCUACAGGAGUGAAGACUACGGGAAGACGUUCCAGGACGUGACUUACCUGAUCAACCACACCUUCAUCCAGGUGGAGUUCGGCAUCGCCAUCAGCCCCGACCACUCUGGCAAGGUGAUCUUGACCGGUGAUCUCCCCGAAAAAGGCGGAUCUCGUCUGUUUCGCUCUCAGGACUUUGGCCGGAGCUUUGUCCCCACCGACCUGCCCUUCGAGCCGCUGGUUCAGGUUCUUUACAACCCCGGAAACUGCAGCACACUGCUGACUCUCAGCGUCAAGUUCGACCUGUGGCUGUCGGAGGACUUUGGCGCCACCUGGAGGAGGAUUCACGACAGUGUGUGUACGAUCAAAUGGGGUCCUAAGAACAGCAUCUACCUAACCACCAACUCCAACGGAUCGUGCCAUGACAAAGGGAUGCUGGAGUUGAAGAGGACGCUGGACUACGGGAGGAGCUUUCAGACCAUUGCCACAAGAGUCUUCUCCUUCGUCCUGGGGGGGCGCUUCCUCUUUGCUUCCAUCAUGACUGGAACGGGCACAGAGCGUAGGAUCCAUGUGUCAGUGGAUGGAGGUGAGGUGUGGAACUUGGCCCAGCUUCCCUCGGUCAACCACGAGCAAUUCUACUCCAUCCUGACGGCCAACCAGGACAUGGUCUUUAUGCACGUUGAUGAUCCAGGAGACUCCGGAGUUGGAACCAUUUAUGUGUCAGACGACAGAGGGACCGUGUUCUCCAAGUCUCUGGAGCGCCAUCUCUACACCCCCACAGGAAGCGACACUGACUUCACCAGCAUCGCUUCCCUCCGAGGAGUCCACAUGACCAGCGUACUCACAGAGGACGGCACGGUCGAGACGGUGAUCACCUUUGACCAGGGAGCAAAGUGGCAGACCCUGCACAGGGUACAGAACAGCCGCUGCGACACCGAGACAACCACCAACAGACCUGACAGAUGCAGACUUCAUGUCCACGCCUCCUACAGCACCACAAUGAACUUGAACGUCCCGAUGCUGCCUCUCUCUCAGCUCAGCGCUGUUGGUCUGAUCUUAGCUCAUGGCAGUGUUGGAGACCCUGAGUCAGUGCUCUUCCCUGAUGUGUACGUGUCUGAUGACGGCGGCUACUCCUGGCUGCUGGCCCUCAGGGGCCCUCAUCACUACGCAAUCCUGGAGUCUGGAGGCUUGCUGGUGGCAGUAGAACACACCAAUUCACCCGUCCAUCAGAUUAAGUUUUCAACAGACGAGGGCCAGUGCUGGCACGUGUACAACUUCACCGAUGACCCGCUUCACUUCAGCGGGAUGGACAGCGAGCCAGGGGCCCGGUCCAUGAACAUCAGCCUCUGGGGCUACAGGAAUGACCUGAGCAAAUGGGUGGUGAUCACCAUCGACUUCAGGCAGUUGCUGAGCAGAGUCUGUGGUGAGGGGGAUUAUGUGCAGUGGCUGGCCCAUUCUGAGGACCCCGGUAAUCCCGGUGACGGCUGUAUUCUCGGUUAUAAGGAGCGUUUCUUACGCCUGAGAAAAAACUCGGUCUGCUGGAACGGGAGAGACUAUGUCAUCACCAAGCAGUCAACGCCCUGCCUCUGCACCAUGGAGGAUUACCACUGCGACUUUGGGUACUAUCGGUCGGAGAACAACUCCAAGUGUGUUGAGCAGGAGGAGCUGAAGGGCCGACCUCUGGAGCUCUGUUUGAACGGCACCACGGAGCAGUUGCAGACCAGUGGCUACAGGAAGAUUCCUGGAGACAAAUGCGAGGGCGGAUUCCAGCCCAAGAGGAAGGAAGUCGACCUGGGGAGAACAUGCACCAGCAGCUUCCUCUAUCCAAACGCCCUGACUGACGAGGACUCCCCAAACGUCGCUCUUAUAGUGAUGGUUGUCAUUGUGAUCCUAAUUAUGACCGCCGUUGGAAGCGUUUGGCUGAUUAAGAAAUACGUCUGCGGAGGAAGGUUUCUUGUGCACCGGUACUCUGUUAUGAGGGAUCAUGUCGAGGCCAACCGGAUAGAGGGAGUCGAUGAGCCUGUCACACCAUCCACAGAGACAGGGAAAACACAAUUCCAAUAUGAUUCAGAUCAGGACCUUUUAGGCUAGGACAAAGAGUACCCACCAACCCACCAGGGCUCCUCAAGGUCAGAUUACACAAGCCUGUCUUAAGACACGGUUGUCUGCAAUCCCUGGGCACUCCUACUCUUCCAACACGCCAGUCAGCGUCCGCUUCCCGGUGCGUUCACAUCUCGCCACGCCGCAAGUGGCUGAAGGACACCGCAACAGUGGACAACCCUUGCAAUCUUUCCCUGUUGCAGUUGAGGCUUCUGCGGACGGAGAGCUCGUGGCCGGGGGGAGGAACCAACCCAGAGAACAACAGAAGAAAGCCCCCGGUGUCCCCGGAGAGCCUUUGUUGCGUCUGUCAAAAGGAGUUCGCUACAGACCAUUGAGUCUGAAUGGAUGCCCUGACAGUCUUUUCACGCUGACCUGAGGAGAGAUGACCUGUCAUAUCUUUUAGUUUGGUGCACGGUGGGAGCGUGAUGCCGAGGCUACGACCCCCCCCCCCCCCCGGCCUGGGAUUCUAUACUGUUGAAUUAGAAAAUGACAACGCGGCUGUAAAUGGGAGCCAUCCUUAUUCGAGGGAACCCCCUAGUGAUAGAAUGCAGAAAGCAAGCAAUGAAUGAAUAAUGUAGCUCAGUAAUUUUCAAGUCGGCUGUCACAUAUAUGCUUUUCCAACCGCCGUGUUUAUGAUAGCAAACGUGCAAGACUGCAAGACCCAACCCCAGUAAGACAUAUGAUAUGAACACGCUUUAAGAAUUGCAACUUCAACCGAUAAACAGCUUCUUCUUCUUCCCCCCCUGUGUGUGUGUGGUGGAGUUGAGAAACUCGAAUUGUUGCCAAAGCACUUUCAAUGUUUGAGUCUAUUAAGCAGAGCUAAAACUUUAGUAAGCGAGCUUCCCACCAGCCCAGCGUAAUAUGAGAAUGAAGAACAAAGUCACCCCGUCUCUUUACUUGAACUUUUACGUUUUGUACUAAGUAAAACCACACGCUUUGAAAUAGCCACGAUAGCAGACUGGCCUGUCUCGCUGACUCGCGGUGUCCAUAGAGAGCAGAAACUUUAUAUUCGUUACGAGUAACGACUGUUUUUGUCCCCCCCCCCCCCCCAAGUAGACGCCGCAUUUUUUCGCAUAACUUGUUUUAUGUAUACACUGACAUUAACUGUCUACCAUUUCUAUCUUAUUUACAGUGUCAUACCUACAACUCUGACACAUGCAGGGUUUACGGCUAAUACUUUAUGUUCGGCAGAGGCAAUAGCACCUCAGUGAAUAAGCUAUUGAAAAAAAAUGGCCUAAAACACAGAGGGAAUGUUCUCAAGGAUUGUCUGAUGGACCAUGUCAAGUAUAAAAGCAUAUUAAUGAAUGCCAGGGCUGAGCUUGAUGCUUCUUUAUCUACAUUAGGACUGGUUGAGCGAGUUACAUAAUUUAAUGAUUUAAUUUUUUUUGCACUGUAUCUACAGAUCUGUGAAAAGGUUUCUUUCCUUGCCUUUAUUGUCGCUUAACGUUUGGGUCGAUACAUUUGGUCUCUGUACUAUCUCGUUUGUCUUGAUUAUUUGUUAAGCUAUAGCAAGCAUAUAUCGAAAUCAUUUGCAUACUAAAACUCUACUCUUGCACAAAAGCAUUUUUAUAACGCUUUUUUGUUGUUGCUUGUAUCAAUGGAAGAGAUGACUCAGAUAUGUGUUUUAUGUAAAAUGAUGUAUUUGUAUUCAAUAAAACAAUCAAUAC